AUGGAGGAUCUGGUGCGGGACGAAGGCAGUACCAUCGAAACAGAUCUAUGCGGCAAUAUACUCCUAGAGGACCUCCCAUUGUCUGGGGCCGGUCCAGCCGUGCCCCCAGGUCGUCCCCAUUGCAACCUCGCAUCCUCGCCAGUACUGGUCAACCGUCUUUUGCGUUCUGACCCAGGGCGAAUGGGAAAAGCCCUCGCCCUGAAGCUGCCUCCUUCAUAG